AUGGCGUUACCUAUCGUUCUUGGAGCUGCUGGCACUGCAGCUCUCACUGCCUAUCUCAACGCCAAAUACCAUGUAGCCCACGACCUCAAGAUGAUUGGCGGUGUAAUGACGCAGCCGUCCGAAGACAUUAACUUCAUGAACAAUCGAAUCACACAAAAGCGCAUUCUCACGCAUCAUAUCUUCCAAGACCAGGUCCGAAAACAACCAAACCAUCCCUUUCUUAUCUUUGAAGGCAAGAUAUGGUCGUACAAAGAGUUCUCCGAGGCAUACACGAGGGUUGCGAACUGGCUGGUUGAUGAGCUGGGCGUACAGGUAGAAGAGAUAGUCGCAAUCGACGGUGGGAACAGUCCGGAGCACUUGAUGCUUUGGCUUGCACUUGAUGCAAUCGGUGCGUCUACGAGUUUUCUGAAUUGGAACCUGACGGGGGCGGGGUUGAUUCAUUGCACAAAGCUAUGCAAUUCUCGGUUCCUCAUUGCAGACGUAGAUGUUGAAGCAAACGUUGAACAGUGCCGUGGCGAACUUGAGAAGACGGGCAUCAAAAUUCAUUACUAUAACCCAUCGUUCUUCUCUUCGCUAUCAAACAAUACGCCAAUUUCCGACAGUCGUACUGAAAACAUUGAAUUAGAGUCGGUGCGAUGCCUGCUAUACACAUCUGGAACAACUGGCCUACCCAAAGGUGUGUGCAUUACCACCGUCCGGGAGCUUAUGGUUGGCUGGUCAAUGUCAAAGCGUCUGAAUAUCAAGCCCGAGGAUCGAAUGUAUACAUGUAUGCCGCUCUACCAUGGCGCUGCACAUAACCUUUGUACAGCAACAAUGAUUCAUGGCGGAGGAACCGUGGUAUUGAGCAGGAAAUUCUCACACAAGACGUUCUGGCCCGAGGUUGCGGCUUCAGAGGCAAACGUUAUUCAAUAUGUCGGCGAGUUAUGUCGAUAUCUCUUGAACGGCCCAAAAAACCCGUACGAAAGGGCCCACAAGGUGCACAUGGCGUGGGGCAAUGGCAUGCGUCCAGACGUGUGGGAACCGUUCCGCGAACGCUUCAACAUACCAGUCAUUCACGAGCUUUUCGCCGCAACCGAUGGGCUUGGGUCAUCAUUCAAUCGCAACGCGGGCCCUUUUACAGCAAGUUGUAUUGGACUACGAGGGUUGAUCUGGAAUUGGAAAUUUCGAAACCAGGAAGUACUGGUCAAGAUGGACCUCGAUGCUGAAGAGAUCGUGAGAGAUCGCAAUGGAUUUGCAAGGCGGUGCAGUGUCAAUGAACCUGGACAGAUGCUUUAUCGGGUGACACCUGAAACGCUGGCUACUGUACCGAACUACUAUGACAACAAGGCGGCUACACAGAAGAGGCUAUUUACAGAUGUUUUUGAAAAGGGUGACAUGUGGUUCAAGUCCGGUGACAUGCUCCGGCAAGACGCUGAAGGCCGAGUCUUCUUCGUCGAUCGACUCGGCGAUACAUUUCGCUGGAAAUCCGAAAACGUUUCUACCAAUGAAGUCGCAGACAUGAUGGGCACAUUCCCCCAGAUUGCCGAAGCAAGCGUGUACGGCGUCCUUGUGCCAGGUCACGAUGGCCGCGCUGGCGCAGCCUCAAUUGUCAUGGCAGACGGCGUGACAGAGACGACGUUCGACUUUGGUGCCGUUGCAAAGCACGCCCAAGCUCGGUUGCCGAGCUAUGCCGUACCACUGUUUCUGAGAGUUACUCCGGCACUUGAAUAUACAGGAACGAUGAAGAUUAGUAAAGGGCGCCUCAAGAAGGAAGGUAUGGACCCUGAGAAAAUCACGGGCGAAGACAAGUUAUACUGGCUGCCGCCUGGUAGCGAUAGAUAUUUGCCAUUUGGAAAGACGGAAUGGCAGGGACUUGUGGAUAAGCGGAUACAUCUGUCGUAA